AUGUCUGCGACCAAGAAAGCGCGCACCCAGCCUCCAUAUGAGUUGCUGUACUGGCCCGGUAUCCCAGGACGUGGAGAGUUCAUCCGCCUGGCGUUCGAAGCAGCGGGCGUCUCCUACAAGGACGUCGCCAAUGAGUCGGAAGAUGGCAUGAAAGUCAUCAGCUCCCUCACGGACCAAUCGUCCACAGGCUCCGACGGCAACCCACCCACCUUCGCCCCACCCGCCCUGCGCAUCCCGGGCGAGGGCAAGAACGGCGCGGCGCUGUUGAUCUACCAGACACCCUCCAUCCUCGCCUACCUCGGUGAUAAGCUCGGCCUCGGCGGCGCAGACGAGGCAGAGAAGGCGUGGAUCCUCUCGCACACGCUAACGGCGCUGGACCUCAACAACGAAGCCCACGACACGCACCACCCCAUCGCGGUUGCGAAAUACUACGAGGAUCAGAAGGACGAGUCGGUGAAGAAGGCGACAGACUUCCGCGAGAACCGCAUUCCCAAGUUUCUGGGCUUCUUCGAGCGCGUGCUCAAGGGCAACGAGGCGCAGGGACAGGGCAAGUUUCUUGUUGGGGAUAGUCUAAGCUAUGCUGAUACUACCGUCUGGCAUGUGCUGAGUGGACUGGAGUUUGCAUUCCCAAAGGAAAUAGCAGCGAGGAAGAAGGACUACCCGACCUUGUUCGGGGCCUUCUAUGAUAGUGUCAAGGAGGCCAAGGGGAUCAAGGAGUACCUCGGGAGCGAGAGACGGAAGCCAUUCAGCAUGGGUGUGUUCAGGCAUUACCCUGAGCUGGACAGGCAGUAG